CUCAGCGUCCCCGGCCCCAAGAUGGCUCCCUUUUGGCGUCUCUGGCGCUGUUGAAUGGAGAAAGCUUUAUUGUUCCCUUCGGGCAGGAGUGUUCGUGUCCUCUAUGGCGCUGUCAAUAAAGAACGGCAGUUUGAAUCGGUACUGAACAGGGCUGAUCCUCACUAGGUGGCGUCCGGAGGGAGAAAGGAAGGAGCCACACCAUGGAACUCCCCAACUAUAGCCAGCAGCUGCUGCUGCAGCUCUACGCCCUGUGCAAGGAGCAGCGGUUCUGUGAUUGCACUAUUUCCAUAGGCAACAUCUACUUCAGGGCCCAUAAGCUCGUCCUGGCAGCAGCCAGCCUCCUGUUUAAAACCUUGCUGGAUGGCACAGAUGCCAUCUCCAUUGACGCAUCUGUGGUGAGCCCUGAGGAGUUUGCCCUCUUGCUAGAAAUGACAUACACUGGCAAGCUCCCCGUGGGCAAGCACAAUUUCUCCAAGAUCAUCUCCUUAGCAGAUAGCCUGCAGAUGUUUGACGUAGCUGUUGGUUGUAAAAAUCUUCUGACCAAUCUUGUGAACUGCUCUGUCCAGGGGCAGGUGGUAAGGGAUAUCUCGGUGCUGUCCUCAGAGGCAGGUAGCAAGGACUCAGAGAAGCCUCAAGUAGAAGUCAUUUCUUCUGAAGGUCCUGGGGAGCCCUCUUCUUCCCUGGAAGUUUCUACCACACCAGCAAGCCCUGAGAAAGCCAAGACCCAGGACAUAAUUCACGUGGCCACCCAAGAGAUAAAAUCAGAUCCUCCCAUUGUCCCGGUGGCUGCAGAGAUCACAGCGGCGACUCCUCAUGCAGCUGAAGUAUGUUCCCCUUCUCCUGUUGGACAGAUCCCAAGUGAGGCAAAGGAAGCCAACACAGAAACAGAGUGUGAGAAGGAUCAGGACCAGCUGAAUUUCCUGCGAGAACAUGAAAGUGUCUUCUCAAAUGCAGCCUUGCUCAACCAGGACACCUUGAAAAGACUGGACGAAUGCUCAGAGAUUAAAAGCCCCCAGAAGGAGACCAUAAUGGGAUGUCUUAAGGAUGAAGGAGGAGGCUCAGCAUUACAGAGACUCCUGGACAAAGUACACGAUGGGAGCCUGGACGUGAAGGUGGUCUUGUCUCUGAUGAGACUGUACCAGGAGUCCACACCUGCAGAGAAGGUGUCUCAGCUACAGCCAGAAGGGAGCGCAGGGGAGGGAAAGACCUUGUCUGUUCUGUUACUAGAACACAAAGAGGACCUGAUCCAGUGUGUAACAGAGCUCAGACCUAUUGUGGAGUUCCUGGAAACAGCCAAGGAGGAAUUCCUGCCUGUCUCCGAAAAAAGGGUGAUUCUGAACUGCUGUGAGGGCAGAACACCCAAAGAGACGAUAGAGAGUUUGUUAUACAGAAUGGCUGAAGAGAAGACCCUGCCUGCCGAGAGCCUGGUAAAGCUCCUCCAGGCUAUGAGGACAGCGUUCCCAAACCUGGGCCUCCUGCUGGAGAAUUUGCAGAAAGGAGCAGAGUCACCUGGCACCACAGGGCUGGCCAGGAUCACCUGUGAAACUGAACAGACAGAGGGAUCCAGGAGACUGUGCAUUCCAACAGACUCUGUGGAUGGACCCCACCCUAGCCCUGAGGACUAUGGCGCUGAGCUGUUGAGAAAGUUCCAGGAAAACCUGUCUGAGGUCCUCACAGACAACCAGGUGCUGCUAGAGGCAAUCUCACGUGUGAAGAACUUAGCCCCUGGAGACAGAGAGGUUAUGGAGACACUCGUGAAACAGGCCCCUGGCUCAGCUGGCUUCAGUUCCCUCAUGUCAGCAGCUCUGGAGAGGCAGACUCUCCCUGCAACAGCCAUCUGGCAGCUGCUGCUAGCAGCUCAAGAGACCCAGACCUGCCCACUGAAUCUGCUCUUGGAGGAAAUAGGAAAGGAACCUGGCACUGGGACUUUCUUCCGGGCAGUGACUGCCCCAGAGAGCACUGUGUUGGAAGCAAUCCUGAGGCAUAGCAAGCUGGUCACAGAGGCCAUGCAGCAGAUGCUAGAGCUCAGGCACCUCUCUUCGGAGGAUGAGCACCUGGCUGAGAUGAUCAGAGAGAUGCUGAGCAUACCCUCCGAGACAUUGAGCCCUGAAGCAGCUCUGAGAGCAGUGCUAAGCAGGGCCACGGAAAAAUCUGUCUCGGCCACUGCAAUCUGUCACCUCCUGUGUGAUGUCCACAAGUCUUUCCCAGGCCUGCAACCCCUUAUACAGGAGUUGACACAUAUUGGGUUUCUUACCAAGGAAAAUGGAGAGGAGAGGUUGACGGUGAGUGAUAGGUUUCACCCUGGAGCCAAGGACAAAGAGGAGAAGGCAGCCAACGCAGCCAGAGAAGACUGCCAGCCUGUGGAACAAAAGGAUCAGGGGGAACCUGGGUCCGUGCCAGAGCAACGAGAGAAAGACGCUUCUGCCUCCCCGGACUCUGCCAAGAAGAGCUUCAUCUGCAAAGCCUGUGACAAGAGCUUCCAUUUCUACUGUCGUCUGAAGGUGCACAUGAAGCGCUGCCGGGUGGCCAAGAGCAAACAGGUGCAGUGCAAGGACAGCGGUGAGACCAAGGACUUGGAGAAGGAGCCGGAGACCCACAGCACAGGCGGAGAGCCCGACGCCCCCAAGAAGAAGAAGAAGCGGCUGCCAGUGGCGUGCGACCUCUGCGGUAGAGAGUUUGCCCAUGCCUCAGGCAUGCAGUACCACAAGCUGACCGAGCACUUCGAUGAGAAACCUUUCUCCUGUGAAGAAUGUGGGGCAAAGUUCGCAGCCAACUCUACUCUAAAGAACCACCUGCGCCUUCACACCGGGGACCGCCCAUUCAUGUGCAAACACUGCCUCAUGACCUUCACACAGGCUUCUGCCCUGGCUUACCACACCAAGAAGAAGCACUCGGAAGGGAAAAUGUACGCAUGCCAAUACUGUGAUGCUGUGUUCGCCCAAUCCAUCGAGCUGUCCCGGCAUGUGAGGACCCACACUGGGGACAAGCCGUAUGUCUGCAGGGACUGUGGAAAGGGCUUUCGGCAAGCCAAUGGCCUCUCCAUCCACCUGCACACCUUUCACACAGACAUCGAAGAUCCUUAUGACUGCAAGAAAUGCAAGAUGAGCUUCCCUACACUGCAGGAUCACCGGAAGCAUAUCCACAAGGUGCACUCCAAAGAAUACCAUCCCUGUCCCACAUGUGGGAAGAUCUUCAGUGCCCCUUCCAUGCUGGAGCGGCACAUGGUGACCCAUGUUGGAGGGAAGCCCUUUAGCUGUGGGAUCUGCAACAAGGCUUAUCAGCAAUUGUCUGGCCUGUGGUAUCACAAUCGGAUCCACCACCCAGAUGUGUUUGCUGCCCAGAACCAUCGGUCACCCAAGUUCUCAUCACUACAGUGCAGCUCCUGUGACAAGACCUUUUCCAACACCAUCGAACACAAGAAGCACAUCAAAGCAGCGCAUGCAGAUCUAAAGUUCCAUGAGUGUGACCAGUGUAAGGAGCUCUUCCCCACUCCAGCCCUGCUACAGGUUCACGUCAAAUGCCAGCAUUCAGGGUCGCAGCCAUUCCGGUGCCUGUACUGUGCAGCCACUUUCCGCUUUCCUGGGGCGCUGCAGCACCAUGUCACCACAGAGCACUUCAAGCAGUCUGAGAGCACCUUCCCCUGCGAGCUCUGUGGGGAGCUCUUUACUUCCCAGGCCCAGCUUGAUGGCCACUUGGAGUCUGAGCACCCAAAGGUAAUGGGCGCUGAGACCCAGGCAGCCGCCUCUCAGAUGGUGCAGGUGAUCCAAGCUCCAGAGCCAGUGGCCCCAGCCGAACAGGUGAUCACGUUAGAGGAGACUCAACUUGCUGGCUCACAGGUGUUUGUGACCUUGCCAGAUUCCCAGACAUCUCAGAACAGCUCUGAGCUUGUGGCAGUAGCUGUGGAAGAUUUGCUGGACGGUACUGUCACCCUGAUCUGUGGUGAGGCCAAGUGACUGGGUGCCCCUCUAAUAGAGGGGGACUGUACUGUACCUAAGAGGAAGCUCACAGCCAGCCGGGCUCUGCUCUAACUAUGGUCCCAAGUGGCAAGCUGCUCCGCUUAACCCCACCCUAAUGCUCUUACUUGGAGAUCAUUGUUGUUUUCCUAGGACAGUGUGUAAGCCAUCCCCUCUGACGCCAACACUGCCGCCUGUGUGGUAGACAGCCUCAGUCCUCCAGGCUGUGGCUCAGGCCCAGAUUCUUCCAACCCCCCCCCCCCCCGGGAAGUCUGGCUUCUGAAAUUGGAGUCUGAAGGAGUAGUUGGUGGGACCUGGUGGCCAAGGUGGCCAAGGAGAUACAGCAUGCUGGAUACUCUCAGGAGCAGGGGGGUUACCUGAGCCCACAGACAGCCUGCAUACACCACCAGUGCCUCUGCCUGUAAAGCACCAACACAGCCUCCAGGGAACCCAGCUUAGCAGCCUGCCCUUCCCCAUCCUCCCUUCUGCUCAGGUGCCCCUCAGAGUUUGACUCUAAAGCAGGUGGCAAUGUUAAUAGUACAGGAAGCCCUCCUGCUCUGUCUUUCCCAAAACAAAGCUUCGGAGCAUUGCUGCUGGGAGGUCAUCCAGCUGCGUCUGUCUUCCUGGAUGUUCUUCACUGCAUUCCUUGUGGAGAGCUUCCCUGUGAUCCUCAGGCCUUCCACGCCUUCCAGUAAUUGAGGCUGAAACGUCUCCUCAGCCUGGAGACCUCUUGCUAGCUUCCUCUGAAGCAUGUGAUAGCCUAAUGAACAGCAGGCCUGUGUCUGCAUGUGACGGAUGAGAAGCAUCCCAGGGGGCCUCUGCUUCUCCUGCCACUGGCCCACCUGCCUGGUGCACGGCCUGCUCUCUGGGCUCCCCUGGCUGCAGGCUUACUGCAGAUCGGUGCUCCAUUCAAGCCUGAGUGUCACAGAGCCUUUUAUCUUUAGUUUUUGAAAUACAGUCUGGUAAUUGAUGGCUUGUGGAA